GAUGCCUUCAGUAAUUAGCAAAUUAAUGAAUUCAACCAACAGACCCAGAGCAGCGUGUGCAGGGAGUUGAUUCUGUUCUAUUGAGACUCCACAGAAACUCUUGCUGUGCAAGAGUAGAAUCUGGCAUUUAUUGUCGUCUGAGAUCACGCAAUGCUCUGGCUUUACAAGGUAUCCGGUUACUUCAAUGUCCAACACUCCAAAUGUAUCUUCCGAAUAUCUUGAUAAUCUAGCCAAUGUAAAAUCAUGGGGAUUUUUACGUGCUUAUGGAGGCGAUAUCCUUGGGUUCGAGGCCGAAGGAUCAAGUACUUUGUGCUUAUGAUACUGUUUUGCUCUGUGAUAUUGGUACUGUUGCGUGAAGGCGAGUAUCCUUCAAGAUCUUCCUUUACAGACGGUAAAAGAAAUACACAAGCAUCACACAACGCACUGAGCUACAUGUCUACGGGUCGCGCACGCCGUAAAAGCCCUCCAGCCAAGGUUGAUUACGAGCUAUACGAGCGCGGAACGUCGGGGAAAAUAGAUUCCAACGCGUUGAGAAAACAGUUUUUUGGUUAUUUUGGAGUCGUGUACACACGAUCUCAAGAUAAAGAUACUUCAGUGAAGAAAUUCAAAAAGUCGAAUGCCAUUAUAAAUGCACCAAAUAGGAAAACGAAAUGGAAGGAUUCAGACAAAGAAAAAUUAAAGCGAAAUGACUAUCAAGGACAGAGAAGCAGACAAAGUGUCGAGAUGGAGGUCACGGAAGUGUCAAAGCGACCGCAAAAAUCGUCACAUGAUAAUCGACAAUAUAGCGCUAUCGGACAGGGCAUAACGAAGCCUCCGAUUAAACAUUCAAACACCGAGCAUCAAACCACCAGCAGAACACUGCCGAUAAGCGAUAGAAAUAAAUUAAAAUUCGAUAAUAAACAUCAGAGGACUGAAAUGUCCUUACCAUUCAAGAAACAUAACACUUUUAGACAAAAUGUUGGCAUAAAAGGAAUACCGUCACGACUACCUCAAGGUGAACAUAGUGAUAGGAAAAAGGCACAAGAGGUACAACACAAGGACCCAUGCCCUCAUUUCCUGGUCACAAGAGAGCCCCUGUAUGGGGACUGUAUCCCGCACGUGCCAAGUCAAGGCGCGUGUGACCAAGCCAAAGAAAUGUUUAAAUUGAACAGAGAGCUGCUGAGGUGUAACCAGACCCGUAGUGAGAUCUGCACGCUGCUGAUGGGAGAGUAUCCCAUGGGAAGUACCAAGUUCAGGGUCAAAUGUCACCGUGGCGUGUGCAAGGAGAGAACGGUGCCUAAGAGUAUCAAGGUGCAAGUGCUGGAACCAGGAACAGGAAUGAUGCAUUCCGGAGGAACGUUUGAAAGUAUUGAUGACUUAGAACAAGAACUACUGCAGAUAAUUAACGCAAAUAUCGCUAACAAACUUUAUUUUAUUGUGAUUAGUUGUAGAAAAAAUUUUCUCAAAAAUGAUACCAUAACUCAGCUACUCACCUUCGACCCGAAAUUAACACUGAGACGUGACACCAGCAAAUUGCGUGACAAAGGCCUGGUUAAUGUUAACAUCCUUUUGCUGGACUCCGUAUCGAGAGCUCACUUCUACCGCUCUCUCCCCAAGACUAUCGAGCUGUUCAGAAGUUGGGAGUCUCGAUCAGACCGCGCGCCGGCGCGAGUGUUUGAUUUUGAGUUAUUCCAAUCAGUAGAAGGACACACGGCUGAGAACACGCACGCGCUGUUCACCGGGAAGAUGUUCUCUGCGGCAGAGAGGAAGGUCCGUACACCUGUUGGCGCGGGGGAGAUGUUCGGCGCAUUCAGGGGGGCUGGAUACCAGACCAUGUGGCAAGAAGAUCUCUGCUGGACAGCGAUUUGGGGGCUCAUGAUUGACAUGGUGGCGAACAAUUUCAAGGAUCUACCUGUCAAGCUCGAAAAUAAUUUUAUCGACCACACAGGUCUGACGCACUCGAGCUGCCCAAUCCUAGGCGCAUACGGCACCAACAAUCCAUUCCAAGGACCUGAAGGCGAUCAAAUAUGCUACAACGGUGACUUCCAUCACACAUACCUUCUCAACUACACAAGUGAUCUGGUUAAAGCCAUCGCGCGCGAUCUCCACGCGAGGCCCUUACUCGCCUACAUGAGCUCGAGUGUCGGACAUGACCAUCGUGCCUUGCGCACCCAGACCUUGGAUCCAGCGCUCGCCCGGUACGUCACGGAGAUGGCCAACAGUGACACUAUAACAGUCAUUCUAGCAGAUCACGGGAACACGUACUCUGAGUACACUAUCUCGUCUCUGGAGGGAAAAUUCGAGAUGUUCCACCCGGUUUUGUUCAUCAUAAUCCCCAAUAACGUGGCGCGCUUGCUAGGAGAGGACGCCAUGAAAGCUUUGGCCACCAAUCAGCAAAGACUCGUCACUAUGAUUGAUCUGCACCAUACUCUAAUGACAUUGGUUGAUCCGCUUCGCGGGCGUGUCACAUCAAGGGGCCUAUUUGCCCCCAUCCCCGCAAACAAGACAUGCAAUGAUGUGGAGCUUAUUGCGCCUAAUCUCUGCGUGUGCGAAGGCUGGGAUAGUCCAACCACCAACGACACCUUUAAGGUGGCAAUGGUGGAGUUUGCGCUAGGAGAGCUUAACAACAUGCUGGUGAGCCAGCAAGCAAAGCUGAUAAACCCCAGAGGCUUAGUCACAUCCUGUCAGCGGCUAGGUGCUCUUCGGUUCGAAAAUGUUCGUGAGCGUCAUGACGCGGUUGAUGGAUCCCUUAUCACGACGAUGGAUAUUUAUGUACCUGCCGGAGACGUCGUGCCUCAGAAGGAAGACUUGUUUCACGUGGAAAUCAACUCCUUUGAGAAACCUGGAGACUCUUCUAUGGGGCUACGACUAUUGCAGUUUGAUCGGCUAUCUAUGUUUGGUGGAUACGGAGCAUGCGCAGACAGGGGCGUCGACCUCAAGCUGUGUGUCUGUUCCGCGCGUUCAAAUCACACAUCAAGUAGAAUAUCGGUGAAUUAUUCACCAAACGUUAUUGGCAAGGAAGCCGUUGUUUUGUUGUCUGUAGACCCCGAAAACUGUGUCCUGCUGUGGCAGCGGAAUCACUCCUUAGAGGUUUACGGUUUUGAAGUUACGAACUCUUGCUGGGAAACUGACUUUGUGAUAUCCAUAGACGCUAAACACGAUAACAUGGCGUUUUCUCGGAGUCUGCCAUUCACGGUUACAGUACCUUCAGGUAGACGAGUUUUUAUGAUGUCUGCAAGAAAAUAUUAUCCUUAUUGGAGUAGUAAGCUCGAUAUAGUUGUGCAAUUAAUGCGCAAAAAAGAGAGGAAUAACUUCGUGCGAAUAAUGCAAACAUUGAAAGUAGCCUUUAAAAGUUAAUAUACUAUUUAUUUUACCAUAGCAAUGCGGAGAAAAAGAGAGAGGGGGGAACUGUUUAUUGUUGUUGUUUUACCGAAUAUUUGGGGGAAAUUUGAGUGCGAAGGUCGUAUCCAAAUAUCAUGAUUUCAACUUCACAAUUAUGCGUUUUAAAUAAAUGGUCAUUUGUAAACUUUAGAAAUUCAUAAUAUUACCACUGGUUUAUAUUUCUGUGAUAUUAAUGGUCUUUUUAGUAAAGGAAAAGUCAUUUUAUUCCCA